AUGACAUCCCAGAAGUGUGCGAAGCGUGGAAGCUGUGAAAGCUGUGGACCAAGGUCAGAGCUGGAGUAUGAUCCACUGGCACACCAGAGGGUCACUGACGAGCCGCUCCCCGAUCUGCCGCUGCCCGCGCCGAAACGCUUCAAGCGAUCGGCGCUGGAACCGGAGGAACCUCCUUUUGUGCAGGAGGCCAGUCCAGCGAAGAACAGGAAGCGCAAGCGGGUCACUGACGAGCCGCUCCCCGAUCUGCCGCUGCCCGCGCCGAAACGCUUCAAGCGAUCGGCGCCGGAACCGGAGGAACCUCCUUUUGUGCAGGAGGCGAGUCCGGCGACGAACUUGAAGCGCAAGCGGUUGCCGGAGAAUGAUCCACUGGCAUUCCAAAGGGUCACUGACGAGCCGCUCCCCGAUCUGCCGCUGCCCGCGCCGAAACGCUUCAAGCGAUCGGCGCUGGAACCGGAGGAACCUCCUUUUGUGCAGGAGGCGAGUCCGGCGACGAACUUGAAGCGCAAGCGGUCGCCGGAGAAUGAUCCACUGGCAUUCCAAAGGGUCACUGACGAGCCGCUCCCCGAUCUGCCGCUGCCCGCGCCGAAACGCUUCAAGCGAUCGGCGCCGGAACCGGAGGAACCUCCUUUUGUGCAGGAGGCGAGUCCGGCGACGAACUUGAAGCGCAAGCGGUUGCUGGAGAAUGAUCCACUGGCAUUCCAAAGGGUCACUGACGAGCCGCUCCCCGAUCUGCCGCUGCCCGCGCCGAACAGUUUCAAGCGAUCGGCGCCAGAACCGGAGGAACCACCUUUGAUGCAGGAGGUACCGAAGGCGCCGAUGUCGACCGCGGCACCGGUGACGGCAGCUGCGAUCGAGUGUUCCUUGGCACAAAACAGAGGUGGUGGUGCGCAGGUGCAUUGGGCCAGCUGCAGCAAGCGCGAUGGAUGUCGAUACGUCAAGAAGGCGGAUGUGUCGCGUUGCGGAGUCAGCCAGCACGGCUGCUACGAUGAGUCUCAGCUUCUUUCCGAGUGCCAGUCGCUUGGUGCAGAUCCCGGGGCGGUCCAGAUCCAAGUUCGUGGCAAAAGAUUAUAA